UAUAAAAGGAAUGAAAUCUGUAUAUUAGGACAUGUUAAAUAGAGCCUAUAAUACUCUAUUCCACCCAUCCGUCUAAUGGUUUAAAAUUCUAACUCCAGUGAACAAAUUUUGUUAAUCUAUUAGGGUUAUAAUAUUUUCAGAUACCCUGCACCAGCAUCCGAAAAAAUCAACCAUAUUGAACACGAUUUCAAAACUCCUUAUCGUGACUCCAAAUAUUAUGUCAGACAUGAUGAACCUGUCAUCGAGAGAGUAGCAAAAGUAACAUUUACCGACCCUCUCAAUGAAACCCCAACAGAAAAGUAAUUGAUAAUCUUUAAGGAUCUCCUAGAUUGGUCAGAUUAAAAUUACUUACUAAGGACCAAGUCAGCAAUUCUGAAGCUGUAUAAACUGCAACUCAACUCUAUGAAUAAAAAUACGGAUUGCCUUUAUCUCAAAAGGGUUAGAUAUCAUUCUAUCUCACUAGUGUAUUCCAAUUAAGUCGGCGGUGGAGAUGCUCUCUAAGACUUUUUCUAAGGUGAAAACAUCAGAGAGGUCAUGGCCAGCUUCGUGAGACAAUAAUGGGAAGAAGUGAAUGAAAAUGCACUUGAAGACUUAAACUGUACCAAUUUAGAUGAUGAUUAUCAUCCGACUUUAAAUGAAAAGGUGGGAUUCAAUCUUUAAGAAAAUGACCCUGUCUUCAGAUAACUAAUAGUUGAUCUACACACUUUAGUUAAAAACAUUGGCGUAAAUAAUUCAUCACUAAUGACUUUUCAUAUAGGAAAAAACUAAAUAGGAGGGCCAUCUUACAUUUUUCAGAGGCGAUCCCAAUUAUUGGCAUGUACUCGAUAAUAGUUUCCCUGCGGAAUCUAUUAGAUUGAUUCAAAACACUUUGGGUGAUGAAGUCUCCUAAUUAGGUAAUACUGUGCGAUUUUAGUAUUUAAUUUUAGAUCCAAAAGCAUUGUCAAAACAACAUAAUAGAGAAGAUUAUCACAUCGAACAAAAGGUUUAAGUUCCCAUAGAAAAUAAAUAUUAUUCAUGAAAUCAUAAAUAAAAUAAAAUAUUU